CGUGUUGGCAGGCGAGGGCCUUGGCAGCUUUAGCAAGCUGCACUGUUCCUCCUCGUUGAGGAGUUAACACACCCAGAAAUAGAAACUCGGAAACGGCAAUGGCCGCUACAGGAGUGCUCCCGUUCAUUCGGGGUGUCGAUCUCAGCGGAAACGACUUUAAGGGUGGUUACUUUCCAGAACAUGUUAAAUCUAUGACUAGUCUGCGAUGGCUGAAACUAAACAGGACUGGUCUCUGCUAUUUACCAGAGGAACUGGCUUCUCUCCAUAAAUUGGAACAUUUGUCUGUAAGCCACAACAGUUUAACUACCUUGCAUGGAGAGCUGUCCAGCCUGCCUUGUCUUAGGGCAAUUGUGGCUAGAGCAAACAGCCUGAAGAAUUCUGGUGUCCCAGAUGAUAUUUUUCAACUAGAUGAUCUGUCCGUGCUGGAUCUGAGCUAUAAUCAACUUACGGAGAUCCCUCGUGACCUUGAAAAUUCCAAAACCAUGUUGGUAUUAAACCUGAGCCAUAAUGCAAUUGAUAACAUUCCAAACCAACUGUUCAUCAACCUGACUGACCUGCUUUAUCUAGAUUUGAGCGACAACAAAUUGGAAAGUCUUCCUCCACAGAUGAGACGCUUAGUUCAUCUACAGACUCUUAUACUGAAUAACAAUCCUCUAAUGCAUGCCCAGCUCAGACAGCUACCUGCUAUGGUAGCUCUUCAUACUCUACACUUAAGAAACACUCAGAGAACCCAGAGUAAUCUUCCAACAAGUCUAGAAAGCCUUACUAAUCUCGCAGAUGUUGAUAUAUCUUGCAAUGACUUGAGUAGAGUUCCUGAAUGCGUAUACACUUUAUCAAAUGUGAAACGUCUGAAUCUUUGUAGCAAUCAGAUUACUGAACUUUCCUUGUGUAUUGAUCAGUGGACACAGCUAGAAACCCUAAAUUUAUCAAGGAAUCAGCUAACAUCACUUCCAUCGGCUAUCUGCAAACUUACGAAAUUGAAAAGGUUAUAUGUAAACUCCAAUAAACUGGACUUUGAUGGUAUUCCAUCUGGUAUUGGAAAGUUGUCGAAUCUAGUGGAAUUCAUGGCUGCAAACAAUAAUUUGGAGCUGAUUCCAGAAGGUCUGUGCAGAUGUAGCAAAUUGAAAAAACUAGUUCUGAAUAAGAAUCGUCUUGUCACCCUUCCAGAAGCUAUUCACUUUUUGUCUGAUCUUGAGGUAUUGGAUGUUCGAGAAAACCCUAAUUUAGUGAUGCCUCCUAAGCCAGUAGACAGAACAACAGAGUGGUACAAUAUAGACUUCUCUCUUCAGAACCAGCUUAGACUUGCUGGGGCAUCUCCUGCCACUGUUGCAGCUGCUGGUGGAGGAACUGGAGGCAGAGAUCCUCUGGCGAGAAAGAUGCGCCUGCGUCGCAGGAAGGAUUCCACACAAGAUGACCAGGCCAAACAGGUCUUGAAGGGAAUGUCAGAUGUAGCCCAAGAAAAGAACAAAACAAUAGAGGAAAAUGGAGACAUGAAAUACACAGAUCUGAAAACGAAGCGCUGGGAUAAGAAUUUGGAGAAACCUCACCUGGAUUACUCUGAGUUUUUCUUGGAAGAUGUGGGUCAAGUGCCUGGAGUUACAAUCUGGCAGAUCGAAAACUUUGUUCCUAUGAUAGUUGAUGACACUUUUCAUGGAAAGUUCUAUGAAGCAGAUUGCUACAUUGUUUUAAAGACAUAUUUAGAUGAUGGUGGUGCCCUGACCUGGCAGAUAUUUUACUGGAUUGGACAGGAAGCAUCACUUGAUAAGAAAGCAUGUGCUGCUAUCCAUGCUGUGAAUCUGCGAAAUAAUCUUGGAGCGGAGUGUAGAACUAUAAGGGAAGAGAUGGGAGAUGAAAGUGAAGAAUUUAGUGCGGUAUUUGACAAUGAGAUUUCUUACAUUGAAGGGGGAACAGCAAGUGGUUUCUACACUGUGGAAGACACACAGUACAUCUCUCGACUCUACCGAGUUUAUGGUAAAAAAAAUAUAAAACUGGAAUCUGUUCCACUGAAAAGUGCCUCUCUUGAUCCCCGAUUUGUAUUUACUUUGGACAAUGGUUUGGAAAUUUUUAUUUGGAGAGGAGCUCAAGCAACCUUAAGUGGAACUACUAAAGCAAGAUUGUUUGCAGAAAAGAUCAAUAAGAAUGAAAGAAAAGGAAAAGCUGAGAUCAUACUACUUGUACACGGCCAAGAAACACCAGAGUUUUGGGAGAUUUUAGGUGGUCAGCCUGAGGAAAUCAAGAUAAAUGUGCCCGAUGAUUUUGCACCAGUUCAGCCAAAACUCUAUAAGGUCGGUCUUGGUCUUGGGUACCUGGAGCUCCCCCAAAUUAACUACAAACUUUCGGUGGAGCAUGCAAAGAAGCAAAAGCUUGACAUAAAGCCAGAACUGAGAUUGGUCCAGAGUUUGUUGGACACAAAGGCUGUGUACAUUCUAGACUGUUGGUCAGAUGUCUUCAUUUGGAUUGGCCGCAAAUCUCCUAGGCUUGUGAGAGCAGCUGCACUAAAACUGGGGCAAGAAAUGUGCAGCAUGCUACACCGGCCAAAGCAUGCCAUGGUCAUUCGAAACCUUGAGGGAACAGAGUGUCAGGUUUUCAAAUCAAAGUUUAAAAACUGGGAUGACGUGUUAAAGGUUGAUUAUACCAGAAAUGCAGAGACUGUACUGAAGAAAGAGGGUCUCUCUGGAAAGGUGAAGAAAGAUGCUGAGAAGAAAGACCAAAUGAAAGCUGACUUGACUGCUUUGUUUUUACCACGGCAACCAGCCAUGCCACUAAGUGAGGCUGAGCAGUUAAUGGAAGAAUGGAAUGAGGAUCUUGAUGGAAUGGAGGGCUUUGUGUUGGAAGGAAAAAAAUUUGCACGUCUUCCAGAGGAAGAAUUUGGUCACUUCCAUACGCAGGACUGCUAUGUGUUCCUGUGCAGGUACUGGGUUCCUGUUGAGUAUGAAGAAGAGAAAGAAGGCAAGAACAAAGAGAACAAAAAUGGUGAAGAUGGUGAUGAUGAAGAUGAUAAGCAGCCAGAAGAGGAUUUUCAGUGUGUGGUUUAUUUCUGGCAGGGCAGAGAAGCUUCCAACAUGGGUUGGCUGACUUUUACUUUUAGUCUGCAGAAGAAAUUUGAGAGCCUUUUCCCUGGAAAGUUGGAGGUUGUUCGAAUGACUCAGCAGCAAGAAAAUCUGAAAUUCCUGUCUCAUUUUAAGAGAAAAUUCAUUAUUCAUAAAGGAAAAAGAAAACUGAAGGAUGACCACGUGCAGCCCAGUCUUUAUCACUUAAGAACAAAUGGCAGUGCCCUGUGCACAAGGUGUAUCCAGAUUAACACCGACUCAAGCUUGCUGAACUCAGAAUUCUGCUUUAUCUUGAAGGUGCCUUUUGAAAGUACAGACAACCAGGGAAUAGUGUACACAUGGGUGGGACGUGCAGCAGACCCUGAUGAAGCUAAACUUGCAGAAGAAAUUAUGAACACCAUGUUUGAUGAAACCUACAGCAAGCAGGUAAUCAACGAAGGAGAGGAACCUGAAAAUUUCUUUUGGGUUGGUAUAGGAUCACAGAAGGAAUAUGAUGAAGAUGCAGAAUACAUGAAGCACGCUAGGCUUUUCAGAUGUUCCAAUGAGAAGGGCUACUUCUCAGUAUCGGAGAAAUGUUCAGACUUCUGUCAGGAUGACUUGGCAGAUGACGACAUCAUGCUUUUAGACAACGGCAAAGAGGUUUACAUGUGGGUUGGAACUCAGACCAGUCAAGUGGAGAUCAAACUGAGCUUAAAAGCUUGCCAGGUUUACAUCCAGCACAUGAGGUCAAAGGAUCAAGAGCAUCCUAGAAAACUGCGGCUUGUCCGAAAAGGAAAUGAACCGCACAAUUUCACCCGCUGCUUUCACGCCUGGAGUACCUUCCGGAAGCCACCUGCUUAAAAGGAGAGGUUUUGCAUCUCACAUUACAUGUUUGAUCUUUCAGGAUUGCAAUACAAGUAUUAAAAGCUGGUAACUUACUGCAGACUUGAACUACGCUUAAACUUAGCAUGCUGCCUGCAGACACUGUGGCUACGUCAUCGACGAGGGAGCGGGCCUGACCUUCAAAUAGUGUUAUGCCAAAAUCAAUGCAUUACAAUAGCUUCGGCUGACCUGGGUGGGUUUGGAAAAUAAAAAGUGGGGUUUUCUUACUCAUCUUUUCUAGAGAAUUGUAGAGACCAAAGAGGGAAAACAAUAUAAAUGUAUUUAGAACAUUGGCUGCCUUCACCUCCAAGGUUUGUUUUGUAAUUUUACACAAGAAUUUCUUUUUUUCUGCAAUUGGAGACCUCCAAGAGCCCCUACCGCCUUGGACGAUUGGCACAUAAGCCGAAAUGAGUCUUUUGAUUAAUAACAAGUACUGUUUAAAAUCAGCAGAGGGCAUUGCAAGCAAAAUGACUUCAGUGUAUUACAAAGGCAGAGGGAGGAGAAGAACCUGGCUGGUCAGCUUAAAGGGGGCGAGGAGGCCCAACAGCUGGUAGCUGUGCGUUUUUAGCAACUCUCUAGUAGGUACGACGGCUUAACGACGACCCUCGACAUCGACGACGCGGCCAACUCACAGUCCAAGCCCAGGAGGAUAAUUCAGCUUGCAAACUUUUCAAAGAUGUGAGAAAUCAUUUGAUCUGAAAAGUUUAGACCGAGCACUGCUAUGGAAGGAAACAUCAGGCCAGAACAUGGCAGCAACAGUCAAACUCGCGACCACCAUUGAAACUGGGCUGCCUUUUUGGCUCCCACCAUUCUCUAUGCGGGCUCUUCUUGCUAUUUUUGCUCCUUUUUUAUAUAUAUAUAUACAUACACACUCACACAUGUGUCUGAUCAAUAACCUGGUUUGAAAAUUGUAGACAAGUUCUUGUAAUUAUUUAUUUUUAACAGAGCACCUCAAUAAAAAUUAUCACAAGUC